AUGCUCACUGAGUCAGGAACUACCACAGUCAAACUGCUCACUGAGUCAGGAACUACCACAGUCAAACUGCUCACUGAGUCAGGAACUACCACAGUCAAACUGCUCACUGAGUCAGGAACUACCACAGUCAAACUGCUCACUGAGUCAGGAACUACCACAGUCAAAGUGCUCACUGAGUCAGGAACUACCACAGUCAAAAUGCUCACUGAGUCAGGAACUACCACAGUCAAACUGCUCACUGAGUCAGGAACUACCACAGUCAAACUGCUCACUGAGUCAGGAACUACCACAGUCAAAGUGCUCACUGAGUCAGGAAUUACCACAGUCAAAGUGCUCACUGAGUCAGGAACUACCACAGUCAAACUGCUCACUGAGUCAGGAACUACCACAGUCAAAGUGCUCACUGAGUCAGGAAUUACCACAGUCAAAGUGCUCACUGAGUCAGGAACUACCACAGUCAAAGUGCUCACUGAGUCAGGAACUACCACAGUCAAAGUGCUCACUGAGUCAGGAACUACCACUGUCAAACUGCUCACUGAGUCAGGAACGACCACAGUCAAAGUGCUCACUGAGUCAGGAACGACCACAGUCAAAGUGCUCACUGAGUCAGGAACUACCACAGUCAAACUGCUCACUGAGUCAGGAACUACCACAGUCAAAAUGCUCACUGAGUCAGGAACGACCACAGUCAAAAUGCUCACUGAGUCAGGAACUAUCACAGUCAAAGUGCUCACUGAGUCAGGAACUACCACAGUCAAAGUGCUCACUGAGUCAGGAACGACCACAGUCAAAGUGCUCACUGAGUCAGGAACUAUCACAGUCAAAGUGCUCACUGAGUCAGGAACGACCACAGUCAAAAUGCUCACUGAGUCAGGAACUAUCACAGUCAAAUUGCUCACUGAGUCAGGAACUACCACAGUCAAAGUGCUCACUGAGUCAGGAACGACCACAGUCAAAGUGCUCACUGAGUCAGGAACUACCACAGUCAAACUGCUCACUGAGUCAGGAACUAUCACAGUCAAAGUGCUCACUGAGUCAGGAACGACCACAGUCAAAGUGCUCACUGAGUCAGGAACUACCACAGUCAAACUGCUCACUGAGUCAGGAACGACCACAGUCAAAAUGCUCACUGAGUCAGGAACGACCACAGUCAAAAUGCUCACUGAGUCAGGAACUACCACAGUCAAAAUGCUCACUGAGUCAGGAACGACCACAGUCAAAAUGCUCACUGAGUCAGGAAUUACCACAGUCAAACUGCUCACUGAGUCAGGAACGACCACAGUCAAAAUGCUCACUGAGUCAGGAACGACCACAGUCAAAAUGCUCACUGAGUCAGGAACGACCACAGUCAAAAUGCUCACUGAGUCAGGAAUUACCACAGUCAAAAUGCUCACUGAGUCAGGAACGACCACAGUCAAAAUGCUCACUGAGUCAGGAACGACCACAGUCAAAAUGCUCACUGAGUCAGGAACUACCACAGUCAAACUGCUCACUGAGUCAGGAACUACCACAGUCAAAAUGCUCACUGAGUCAGGAAUUACCACAGUCAAAGUGCUCACUGAGUCAGGAACUACCACAGUCAAACUGCUCACUGAGUCAGGAACUACCACAGUCAAAAUGCUCACUGAGUCAGGAACGACCACAGUCAAAAUGCUCACUGAGUCAGGAACUAUCACAGUCAAAGUGCUCACUGAGUCAGGAACGACCACAGUCAAAAUGCUCACUGAGUCAGGAACGACCACAGUCAAAAUGCUCACUGAGUCAGGAACUACCACAGUCAAAAUGCUCACUGAGUCAGGAACGACCACAGUCAAAAUGCUCACUGAGUCAGGAACUAUCACAGUCAAAGUGCUCACUGAGUCAGGAACGACCACAGUCAAAAUGCUCACUGAGUCAGGAACUAUCACAGUCAAAGUGCUCACUGAGUCAGGAACUACCACAGUCAAAAUGCUCACUGAGUCAGGAACUAUCACAGUCAAAGUGCUCACUGAGUCAGGAACUACCACAGUCAAAAUGCUCACUGAGUCAGGAACGACCACAGUCAAACUGCUCACUGAGUCAGGAACUACCACAGUCAAAGUGCUCACUGAGUCAGGAACUACCACAGUCAAAAUGCUCACUGAGUCAGGAACGACGACAGUCAAAAUGCUCACUGAGUCAGGAAUUACCACAGUCAAAGUGCUCACUGAGUCAGGAACUACCACAGUCAAAGUGCUCACUGAGUCAGGAACUACCACAGUCAAACUGCUCACUGAGUCAGGAACUACCACAGUCAAAAUGCUCACUGAGUCAGGAACUACCACAGUCAAAAUGCUCAUCUGA